AAGUAUGGUGGCUCAGCAGACACAGGUACAGAGGAAAAUGGAAUGCAAGAACAGCAAGUCUUGGUGGUAGAACCAUUUACCUCAAAGAGGAGUAUCAGUAGAGGGCUACAGCUGUUAGAAGAGGGGUAUAGGUUGAAGGGCAAAGGGGAAGCUGCAGUAA